ACCAGAACUUGCAGCCUUGGGGUGUGAGAAAGGUGUGGACGCAGUCAUAUUUCACUGUAGUAUUUGCCGCUGACUCAACGAAAUAAUAGCACACCUCUUAAUUGCUUAGCCUACGUUUGUCAGGGGGAGUGUUUGGCUAUACAUUAAUCACAAUUGUAGGAUUAGGAUACCGUAAGAGAAAAUCGGUCACAGUCAAGUCCAAGGUUCAAGUUAUUGGUUAAUUCACUUGUAUGCGGAGAGUCUCUUGGAACAUAAUGGACACUCAUGCGAAGGCAGGACAAGUUUACCUUCAACACCGAAAUGUAGAAAAGAAGUGGAAGCAGCUGUGGCUGGCUCUCUACCCCUCCAGCCGCUGCGGUGUAGCCAGGCUAGAGCGCCAGGAGAUGGGGGGAGGAGAGCGGGCCGGUGCCUCUGUGGUCUGGAAGCACCAGGACAAGGUUAAGGAGAAGAGGGUGAUCCGCCUGUCAGAGGUGAUCAGGGUCCUGAGACUGCCCCCACACGCUGAGGCCUGCCCCAAAGACAACAUGGCCGCAUUCUGUGUGGAGACAGACGGCAGGAGGUACGUCUUCGCGGCGGACAAGGACGACUGCGUGGAGUGGGUGGAGAGGAUGUGUGACAUCACCUUCCAGGGACGCUCCACUGGUCAGCAGCCCCAGCUUCAGAUGGAGGACAACCAGAUAUACGUCUCCAGGGAGGAAGUGAGUGAGUUCAGGGUGGGUGUGAAGCAGACGGACGCAGCGGUGCGCUGCGGCCUCCAGGGGGAGUACUAUUGGCUGCAGGUGACCCAGGAGGGGCUGGUCCUGAAGGAGGCGGAGACCAGGAAGAGUUUGCAGCACUGGCCCUAUCAGCUGCUACGACGCUAUGGCAGAGACAAGAUUACAUUCUCCAUCGAGGCGGGCCGGCGCAGUGAGUCUGGACCCGGAACCUUCACCUUCGAGACUCGCCAAGCUGACGACAUCUUCAAUCUCAUCGAGACCGCAAUACGGCAACAGAAGGCCUCCGUCUUCGUCGGGGAUGACCGUGAGGGCGACACUGUGGUUGCUAAGCGUAGCCCUAAUAUGCCUCGUGCUCGUUCACCACUGCCCACACUGCCAGAUAGCGCAGCCAUUUUGGAGGGAAGCUACAGUUUUAGGCCAGUAUUUUCAAAUGCUAUUGGCUCAGAGCAGUGUGUGUACUCACAGCUGCCUAAUUUGAUUGGCUCUGAGGAGUGUCUGUACUCUGAGCCAGCAGACAGCAUUAAACCCAAAGCCCCCGGCCUCAACUCCUACCUGACCCCCCCAACGUCCUCCACCCUCACCCCCUCUAUCCCUUUAUACCCCCGCAAUCACCAUGGUAACCGAAUGGAACCAGUGUACGCCGACCCAGCAGACAUCCUCUCCCUCAUACCCCCAAGAUCUACACCACCACCACCGCCCACUUCCUCUUCCUGUUCUCAUCACCACGGCAACGAGACUGAACCAGUCUACUCCGAGGUGUACGACCGUGUGAGUCCUCUACCUGACCAGACUCAACAACAGAACCAGAACCAGGGAGGGCAGGAACCUGGAAAAGCGGAACCCAUCUAUAGUGAGCCCUGUGUGGGGACCCCAGCCAAGGGCCCCAACACUGACCCGUUCGCCCACCUUUACAGCCAGGUCUGCAAGCCAGGCUCUUCAUCACCAUCCUCAUCUUCGUCAUCAUCAUCAUCCCCCUCUUCAUCCCUGGCCUCCUCCUCCUCCUCCUCCUCCUCAUCAUCAUCGUUGACCAUCACCAGGACCUUGGCCAGCAGGAGGCCCACUGCUGGACGCCAGUCACCAGAUGUCAUCUAUGAAAACAUGGGGGUCAUUUAGGAUACUCAUGGUCUGUGUCUGAAAUGGCACCGUAUUGUCCUUUAAGGUGCCCUGCUAUUGACCAGGGCCCAUUGGGAUAUAUUGAGACCAAUCCACACAUUCACUCAUUUCACAAUGUUAUAGUAUAGUUAAUUUAUUUAUUGAACUUGUUUUCACAAACAGUAUAAUUGUUUUUUGUUAUGAUGUAAUCACUUUUUUUUGUGUAUUUUUUUUGUCUUUUUUUUUGUGUAUUACCUCUUAUGAAUAUCAAUAUUGCACGCCAGUGUAAUGAACACGGGAGAGGGAGAGAAGAGAGAGAUCUUCCAGAAGUCUGCCAAGUGUUCAAUACAAAUGUAAAUAUUACAAACAGUGUUAGCCUCCUUCUCUCCCCAACAGAUGUAAUGAAUUGAACAUGAUGAAACAAAUGACUUCCGCUCAGUCUCACACCCUUUUCCUAAUUGACUUUGUUUUACUGAUAUGA